AAGAUAUACUUUAUGAAAUCCAAAAUAUCAUUAAUACUAGCAUUAGUAAGCAUAAAAACCAAAGAUACGUUUUCAAAACGGAUUGCCUUAAUUAAUAUAUUACACUGUUUUAUAGUGGUGGGAUGUCUUGUGGUUCAGGGAAGAACGAAAUGUGUGAUACGCAGACAGAUCUGGAAACACUACAAACAAAACUUGGCCUCUUGCAGAAGGAAAUAGACGAUCUUCAAAAGGAAGGAUACCACCAGGAUGAACUACAAGACCACAUCACCAAGUUACACGAGUACAAUGAGAUUAAGGACGUCGGCCAGAUGGUGCUCGGUAGAAUUGCCGAUAUUGAAGGCGUGCGAACUAAAGACAUGUAUGGAAGAUAUGGUCUCAGUUUGGAUGACUGAAACAGUGGACAUUGAACAGUUUUAAGGACAAGUGGGCAUCCUUAUUAUACUAUAUCCAGUUCAUUCAGCAUUAUUUGUUGAAUAAAUAUAUUUUCAAAAAAUCUCUUGGAAAAUAUU